CGUGAAUCGGGAGUUAAGUGAAGUACUGUUGAGGGUGAGGGAUCUGAGGGUCAAGUGGGAGGCGGGUGGUCGCUGGAGGAGAAGGUGGGAGCAGGUCUGUUUCCGCGGGACAUGGCCAGGAGCCCGGAUCCAGUCGGUAGAUCUUGAGUGCAGAGCAGGAACUGGAGAUGUUGAUGCCCAGCAGCCUUAUACCAUCACGAUUUCUGACCCUCGUGGCUCAUUUUGUCAUCGUAGUUAAUAUCUUCUGGUCCAGGGAAGAUAAUGUGCUGGCUUGCCUUCCCUCAAGUUACACCUUUCAGCAGUAUCAAAGGCGCGACACAGAAUUAAUAAUUGCAUUGUCGGUGACUUUGGGAAUGUUUCUAAUCGAGCUGCUAGGCUUCUUCUCUGGCGUCUCCAUGUUCAACAGCACCCAGAGCCUCAUUUCUGUUACAGCUCAUUGCAGUGGGUCCAUUUGUCUGUCGUUUUUUGUCUUUGAGAGAUGGGAGUGCUGGACCUACUGGUACAUCUUUGGAUUCUGCAGUGUGUUCCCAGCAUGUGUUGAAAUUGUCCUCAUGAUUGCAGUAUUUGGGCUGAAGAAGAAACCAUUUUGAUUACCCUGUACAUCCUCCCUAAACAAACUGGAGUUUGGCCCUGGAAUGGCAGUAGAAGAUCACUUAAAAUGCAGUGUGCAUUUGACAAUGGGUAUUAACAACAUUUAUAGAACUUCAACAUUUGACCAAAUUAUGUUACAUGGAUUUCUCUUUCUCUAUUAUGGACCUUAUAGUCUCUGUGACAAAACAUGUCGUCCUCUAUUAUAGACUGUGUGUAUCAAUGUCUCCAUGAUAAAGUAUGUGUUACUCUUUUUUACUUUUCCAGAAUGUACAGCUUGUAUGUGGAAUUUUCCUGUCUUUUUCCCCAUUACAGAACUGUUACAAGUAUCUCACCCCUUGUAAUAAUGAUCAGUAAGGCAUAGAGAAUCUGUAUUUACCAACAAGUAACUUAUUAUUGCAACUAAAAUGCACAUGGGUUCAUACUCUAUCUGCCUGUGUGCACCCUACUAGAACCCCUGACAAUCCAUGAACAGUCAAUGAAGAGGAAAGUAUAUUACCCAGGAAAGGAGUCUACUCUGACCAGGUGUUCCUCGUGGUCCUGAUCUCCACGUGUCCGUGGGGUCCUCCUUAUCCGCGAUGGUUGGUCUCUGGCCACUGAAGAGUUAUUACCCCUGUGUAUUUGGAGCUCCUGAGUUUUAUACUGUUUCUCAUCAAUUGAACCAUUGGAUCUCCAUCCCAUUGGCUCAAGGUCACCUGACUUACCUGGGUCACCUUCUUACUGGUCAUUGUACAGGGCUACAGCCGACAUUGUUCCAUGGCUCUGCCCACCCCAGCCUUGUGUAUUUGUGUCUUUACACUCUGACUGGUCCAAGCCAGUUAAAUGAGGCAACCCAGACAGAGUCUAACAAGAUCACUGAUUGCAGGUCUGGCAUUUUACAUAACAAGUAGAGCAGUAGAUGUAGUGUAUAUGGAUUUCAGCAAGGCAUUUGAUAAGGUACCCCAUGCAAGGCUCAUUGAGAAAGUAAGGAAGCAUGGGAUCCAAGGGGGCCUUACUUUGUGGAUCCAGAACUGGCUUGCCCACAGAAGGCAAAAAGUGGUUGUCAAUGGGUCAUAUUCUGCAUGGAGGUUGGUGUCCAGUGGUGUGCCUCAGGGAUCUGUUCUGGGACCUCUUUUCAUGAUUUUUAUAAAUAACCUGGAUGAGGAAGUGGAGUGAUGGGUUAGUAAGUUUGCUGAUGACACAAAGGUUGGAGCUGGAGGGCUGUCAGAGGUUACAGCGGGACAUUGAUAGGAUGCAGAACUGGGCUAAGAAGUGACAGAUGGAGUUCAACCCAGAUAAGUGUGAGGUGGUUCAUUUUAGUAGGUCAAAUAUGAGGGAGAAUAUAGUAUUAAUGGUAAGACUUUUGGCAGUGUGGAGGAUUAGAGGGAUCUUGGGGUCCAUGUCCAUAGGACACUUAAAGGUGCUGCGCAGGUUGAUUGUGUGGUUAAGGAUGAAUACGGUGUAUUGGCCUUCAUCAAUUGUGGGACUGAGUUUAAGAGUCGAGAGAUAAUGUUGCAGCUAUAUAGGACCCUGGUUAGACCCCACUUGGAGUACUGUGCUCAGUUCUGGUCACCUCACUACAGGAAGGAUGUGGAAACUAUAGAAAGGGUGCAGAGGAGAUUUACAAGAACAUUGCCUGGAUUGAGGAACAUGCCUUAUGGGAAUAGAUUGAGUGAACUCGGCCUUUUCUCCUUGGAGAGAAGGAGGAUGAGAGGUGACCUGAUAGAGGUGUAUAAGAUGAUGAGAGGCAUUGGUCGUGUGGAUAGUCAGAGGCUUUUUCCUAGGGCUGAAAUGGUUUCCACAAGAGGACACAGGUUUAAGGUGCUGGAGAGAAGGUACAGAGGAGAUGUCAGGGGUAAGUUUUUUUACUCAGAGUGGUGAGUGUGUGGAAUGAGCUGCCGGCAAUGGUGGAGGAGGCAGAUAUGAUAGGGUCUUUUAAGAGGCUUUUAGAUAGGUACAUGGAGCUUAGUAAAAUAGAGGGCUAGUAAUUUCUAAGGUAGGGACGUGUGUGGCACAACUUUGUGGGCCGAAGGGCCUGUAUUUUUCUAUGUUUCUAUGAGCCCACUUCUCUUGAUCUCACUGCUUCCAAGUUGAUUGCAGUGACAUCUAAUAAACUUAGAUCCCACAAAGCG